CGUCGAAAUAAACAGUCCUGGUAUGUCUACUCAAUGAAUCAAUAAUGGGAUCGUUUUGGCCACAGCACGGGGCCUUCUUUCGGACGACUGAAGGAGGCGGGGAAUGCAGUAACUGUCAGCGGGCAUUGGAUCAGCUGUUGCCUCUGUGAAGAGAGUUGUCGCUCAUGGCUGCUGGUAGUGGAGCUCUACUAGCAACAAACUCUGGUCAAUUCGCCUGUAAUGCAGCGGGGAAGGGGACCAACACGAGGUGGUGCUAUUUCCGUCCACGGAUCUUCAGUGUGUUGAUGAAACGAAAGCUACUGCCAUUGGCUAGGGGGCAGUAGAAGAUUGCGUUCCUGCUCCACAUGAACACAACCCUGGAGCUGUCGAGCAUUACCGGAGCCUAUUCUGCGGCUGGCGGUUUCUUGGAUGUUGAGUAUGACUGGUCCCCGAAACCAAGAACCGCGCGCCAGUUUAUCCGAGCCGAAGGAACGCUUUCUUCCUUGACGAGCAGUGCUAAAUCCGCUUGCAAACCGGCGCAGGAGCAGAGCUUGACUGGUGGCAAGAAGCGCCUGCCGUCGCGGCAAGAAGGGACGAGGCAACUUUCACCACUCUCUUUGUCCGCAGCAAGAGAGAGCGCCGAAACGUUGGUAGCUGCCGACCCAAAAACUUCUUCCCCGUUCCUGUUCGCCGACAAGAAACUGCGCCGGGGGGAAUGCGGCUCUCAUUCCCAAGCGGCUCCACCUAAGCGAGGUUGUUUGGUACUGUUGCAUUCGAUGAUUUUUCUGCGUAUAUAUGCUUGGUAUUGGUUUUCCUCUUCUGUCGGUUCUUGGUUUUGCACCGCAACAACUGAUGGAGUCACUAUUUCAAUACCGCAGGCCGGCCUUGCACCGCAUCCUAGUUGUCCCGUGGCACCCGUAAUUGGCAAGUCGGAGUCUGCUGCAGAGGUUGUAGCACAGUGUGGAGGUGGACCAAGAGCAGACCAGACGGUCAUUAUGGAGAAAGGGGAACAUCACACCGAAUCGGAAUCGCAGAGAAGAAAAAAAGCGCGGGCGCUCCUGCUGUCUGACCUGCAGGAGGGCGAGCUAGCGGUUUGCCGAGAAGAGCUGGAGCGUGCGGAGACGCGGCGCGGUCAAUUGGAACAGAUUCUGGCGAAGACUGCGCAGGCCUUGGAGUCCAAGGACGCAAGAAUCGCUGGGCUCGUGAAAGACCUGGAGGAUGAGAGCCAAGCAUUCUUUGUCGCGACAAAGAGGUUCGCGGAGACCGAACAGCGGCUCGAGGCAGCCCUUCAAGCUGCGAAACAGAACAAUCACAGCUCCAACGACCUGGAUGAUGGGCCCCCGCCGUUGCCAAACACAGAAAAUGCAUCCUGGUCUCGGGUACAACUCGCCGCAAGAACCGCACAUCAAAAUAAUGCAGAAGAUGACGAGAAACUAGAACUACCAGCACCCAUAACCAGAACAGGAGCAGCUGCUGCGCGUCCUCCUCUAACGAGAGCUACGCAGAGCAGUGGGUCGUUUCUAGCAAACAUGCCAGUGAGAUCGAGUGUCCGUCGGUGCAGCCUUGAAAGUUUGCGUUCGACGGAGGGUCUGCGGCGGUCGACGAUUUUCCCUUGCGACGAGCGGCAGCGGCCGGCAUCUACUUCGCACGACCAUGAGCAGGGGAGUAGGCGGAGUGUUUCUCGAAACACGCUAGGCAGCAAUGCAGCGCUGGUUGGCCGACCGAUUUCGCAUGGUUCUAAAAAUCGUCGGCACGCGGCCGACGAAAUGCCCGCCCUUCGCUGCAAACGUGAUGGUGGCGCAGGAGGUUCCGUCUCGUCUAGACAUUCAAGUCGUCAGGGCACAGACGCGAGUCCGGUGCGACAAAGUGAAACGCAGCUCCAGCCGUUGGCGCUCCUGCACUCGAGCAUAUCGGUAUCCAAUGGCAAGGCUAGUUCCCCGGCGCUUUCAUCUCUGUGUCCAUGCCACCCGACUGCAGGCGUCGCGACCUCCGUCUCGAGAAACGAAUUUUCAACUGCAAACUUUGCUGGGAGGAAGAAAGGCGUGAACAAGAUGGGAAGCUGCAAAGAAAGUUGCUGCGGUGCGUCCAUAUCUUGCCGAGGAGGUCUCGGACAUGACGUCAGGAGGAACCGCCUCGCGACAGGCGGAACCAAUGUUGGAGAAGGUAGUCGUAGCUUUUCUUGCAGCCGAGCCAAAGGAAGUAUUGGUGAUUGUUCUGCGGUGAAACAUCACGAGACGAUACAACAUCAUGAAAGGACUUCUUCUGUGAAUCGCGACCACGACCUGUCCACCUCACCAACAUCUCUUGAUGCGCUCCGUCUCGAGGCGGCGCCGCCGGCGAAACGUGAACAGAUCUGCACACACGAUGUGAAUGACCAGGACGCGGAGUGUAUGGCGAGUCGGAAUGAGUUCGAUCUGCAUCCGUCGAGUCCCGGCGUGUCAUCUUCGAUCAGCAGCAUUCCGCUGAACGACCAAUUGGAGGACACCCGCAGUUUCCGGGCGGAGCAUGACUUGCUGUGGUCGCUUUCCACUGCUCGCGGCGACCGGUUAGAGACCAGAGCGGACGAUUGCAGGUCAACAAGCAGUUUCAUGCCCCCGAGCCGUCUUGCCCGGCCAAAAGUGGGCGCGGCACUGGCGGAGACGACAUUGCCACCUCUUCGCUUGCAGACCGCAGCGAGUGGGCCCCACGGCAACGACGCUUGUGGCGGCACGCGACUGGAAGGAGAGAUAGUACCUCCUCUACUCGAAAAUGAUGAUGCGGGCAGCCUUGACUCUGUGCGAUUUCGAACUCAAAACGAUGAGUGCCUUGCCACGACGAGAAGUAGAAGAACCGCGUCGGCGCAGCAGCUGCACAGCCGCACUUCCGCGGAACUGCUGGAGCAGCGGCAACAGGUGUAUGUGACUUCCGCUCCCGCGUUGCCGCACCUGCAAAUGGAGUCGACAGCGGUUCAUCUCCUUCGAGAAGCGCAUCCGAGUGCAAGCGCAUCGAUCAGGAAGAAUUAUCAAAAUAUCGCACCAUCGGUCGUGGGGACAGGAGAGGUUGGGCAUCCUGUGUCGCACCAGCAAGCUGGUGGUUUGGCCCCUGUUGGUGCGCUGCGAGGUUGCAAGUCAUCAGGCAAGAAGAAGUAUUGCGAUCAGUACCUCUACGGCACGAGUGGCGGCUUGGAAGUCCGACCAGCAAGUAACUACCACUGCAACUCAAGCCACUCGAGCUUCUUUCAGCUUACUCCGGACCUGUCCCCGCGGUGCUCCCCGAAGCCGGUGACGCGGUCCCCGAAACCCUCACUCGGGGGCCAGAACAAGCACGCCUUACCGCACAUCAAUCGGCUACCUCUGUACCAUCGAGAGCACCUUCCGCACGUUCCGGCCGAAGAAGACCUUCCGGAAGGAGCCCACCUACACGGCAGUCUGUCGUCGUCGAACCUGGUGGUCUUAGGGGGGUGUAGCUCCACUUAUUCCCGCAGCGACGAUUUGUACACGAUCGACCUGCUCCGUAAGAGAAAUCUCGUACAGCAGCCUCCGUCGUGCAGUCCGUACACUGCUUCUGCUUCGGAGAAAGUGCAGCAGGUGCGGACGGACAGCAGCUUGUGCUCCGGGCCUUGCUCUACUACUGCAGGGCCACCACAACUAUGUCGGACUUCAACCUCCCCCGCGGGGAACUCUCCCGCUAUCCGCAGGGCCGCGCCGACAGGUGCCGCGGAUCACGUGGAUCCGCUGCGGUGUGCCGUAGAGCACUUUCCGAAGGGAUUCUUUCUGCAGCGAGGCCGGUCGCGUUCGCAGGGGCGUCAGUCUAGAAGUGCCUCUACUGCAUCUUCGGUCCCGCGGCCGCAAGGGACGCCAGUACUAGUACCCGAGACCGCAACUUCUUCGGCUCCUACAGCAGCGUCAAACGUGCAGCUGACCCCCAACAACUACCCCCUUGUUCCAAAGGGUCGCGCUAGCAGUGGAAGCUCCUCGCUGCUCGUUUCGGGGAAGCCCCCCCCGGCGGACCAACUACUUCCACAACACACCAACCGGAGCGGCCACCGGAGCAUGCCUCUACAGCAGAACCGCAGCUGCUCGUGGCGAAAGCGCGUCCGAACGAUGGCCCGAGUGAACGGUGUCCGGGUGCGCGAGCUGCGGGAACUGAACGAUACUCUGGACGAUGUACUGUCACACACCACCACUUCGGACCACGACCCCCACUUACGGUAUGACACCUCCUGCACUCCCAACCUGAUGGAAACGAGUUCCAGCACCCUAGGCGUACUUCCGCCCACACCGGUGCUCGAGCACACGACCGUGCCUCCUCGAGCACACGAGGAGCCAGACUACAGCCACAGACCUACUUAUCGCACGAAAAAAGUGUUUUACUUAUGCAACGAUUUUGCAAGUUUUGCAUCACAGCUUCGUGCAGCUUACACAUGACAAAGAAAACUUGCCAUGCGAGACUCCUAAGGGAAAACUACGCACCUAAAUAUCCACUGUCUUGUAUGUGUAGCAAGACUUAUUUCCAUUCUAUGCGUCAGAAAACAGUUUUUUCUUGCGAUACUACUUGUGCAGCAGCAUCGGGCGGGGAACGGCAUGGUGGAGGCGGAUCUCCUCCUGCUUCAGCUCCUCUUUUACCUCGUUCAGGGGAGCUGCACCACAUCACGAUGAAAAGUGGCGGAGCUGCUGCUGCUCCGACUCGGGGUCGCGAAGACAGCACGGGAACAAGAACUCCGGAAAAUUCUUUUCCGGCCUCUACAACUGUGCAGCUUCCAUUGAUGUCGUGCGGUGGCGCGAGCCAGCAGGGCAGUCGCGCAAGCGAAGGGGACCCGCGGCCAGAAGCAGCAGUGGGACAUCAUGAGAAACGCCACUGCGGCAGUGCCACAAACAACUGUUGCGCCAAGGAUAAGUCGUGCAGUCCUGUGGCAGCGCCAAGAAGCGGGCAAAGUCGAGCACCUCUGGGUCCGGGCGGAGCUUCCUGUGACGGGCUUUCGGUUUCAGCGUCACAUGUGUUGCCAGGACCCUGUUUGCCCUCUACGUCGGAAGUAGUGGAAGUUCCAAAAGCGGCCCCUGAGGUCGUUGAUCUCGGCGAGAGAACGCCUGUGCCGGGAAAAAGGGGCAACGACUCUCCUGGCAAAGCGUUAAAUGGGCUGGGUCUGAAUGGCGGGUCCUGUUUUAAUGAAUCUGGCGCUGAACAAGAAGUACUGGACGCGCAGCUCGGUUGUGAUGUACCAAUGUACUCAAUCGAGAGUCCCCGAUCGGCGCCCAAGGUUGUUGUCACGAACUCCUGUGAUCGUAAUUUUAAGAUUCUGCAAAAAGCUUUGGUCUGCAAUCCAAGAUAA